AGGCAGCGAAGUGGUCGGCUCACCUUUUUCUCUUCUCUUUCUUUCUUUCCAGCGAGGUCACUCCCCCCUCGCAGGACUCUCUCUCUCUCUCACACGCACACACAAACACAAACAGCAAGGCAGAAGGCGAUCGCUCCGCAGCUAUGGUGUACAAGCCCAAGAACAAUAAGUGGUCUCGCAUGCUCGCCGCGCGCAAGCUGGCUGCGGCAGAGAGACGAAAAGAAGUAGAAGAGCGACACAGCGAGGAAGCAGAGGCAGACGCGGCUUUCGAUCGAAGGGACGAAGGCGGUGCGCGCGAUGCAGCGGCAACAGCGCACUCGAAGAAAGACGGCGAAGGUCGGCUGAGCGACUCUGCGGAUGCACCGACGAGUACGGGCGUUCAUCAGAAUAGCAGCGGGCCACAGACAGCCGUGUCAAUCUACUCGACGGGAUCCAUUGGGCCGCAAGAACAGUCAGAGAAUGAUUGCUGCACCGCACACACCGAACACACUCCUCUUCUUACUAGGCUCAACGAGCCUCCCGCCUGCGGUGAGUCAACGUGUGUGCUGCGGGACAUCGCUCAGCUCCCUCGUGUCGUGGAUGCGUUCUGCGUCCCCUCUCCCUGCUUCGAAGCAUCUUUGGAAGGCUUACCUGCCGUGUCUGACGCACCCAUAUACAUCGCUUAUACUCUCCAAAUGGAGGCAUCGGCAGCACGAGAAGCCGCGACCGUGUUUGGUGUGUGGGAUGCGCGGUCAGACGGCGGAUGUCUGCAGUUGGUCCGUUGGAGUGCAGAAGCCCACCCCGCAGCCGAGCCACCGUUACCGUUGUCGUCAACAACUUCUUCAUCGGGACUGCAAGAGUUGGUAAUGUACGUCGACGCAGAAGGACGCUGCUUCAUGCUGGCGCCCUCCUCCGUCGUCUCUGUUGGGCAGGCAGAUAUCUCGCAGAAGGGAGAGGAGAGCACCGUCGACCAGAAAAUGCGGAGAAGCAACGAUGUUGACCAGUCGGUUGAUGGUGGUGUAGAAGCCGCUGCUCCUGUGGACGAGGGAAGUCCUUAUGCCUAUUGGCUCAUUCCCGCGUUUCUCAAGGAUCACUUCAUGGCGUUGCUGCUGGCACAGCGUCGGUGGCACGUCGCAGGAAGCGCCGGUGUGAAGUCUGAGUCGCUGCGCGAGCCGCUGCCAUCCUUUGCGGUGCAGCCGCACGCGUCACAGUGGAUACUGACCUCCACAGCGGCGGCAGCACACGAGGAUCGCGUUGCCCGGUCCGUUGAUGAGGCAGCAAGCGUAUCCGCUCCACCUGCGCAGCUCGCACCGUCGCCGCCACUCAAGGUCGGUAGAAAGAAAAAGAAGGCAGAGAAACGAAGGCGAGCUGCCACCACCCCUCCCCAGUCCGACCCGGUUAUCGUCAACGCAGAGGCAGCUCCUUCGCAAGCUGAUGUCUCAGCCACGUACCGCAUUCCUUAUGUGGUGAAGGUCACGCGUCUAGCCGCCAGCGCAGGCGAUGCCUCGACAGACGAAGGAGCCACCUCGUCUCAGCUCAUUGCCUCAAGAACGUUUCGCUUGCCGUCCUCUGCGGUCUUUUACGUCGGCAAUCGCCUCACACCGUUCCCUCCUGACUACGUGCUGCAAGACGCAAAAAGAGAGAAGGACGGCGACGAAGCACCACGUCAACCGCGAUGA